AUGCGCCGCCCGCGGAGCCGCGGCGCGGCGAAGCAGACGCGCCUCCGGGAGGCCGACGAGAUCCGGUUACUCGAGGCCUGGAUCGACGCCGGCAAGCCCGCCCGGGGCACCAGGCCGCCUCCCCUCUCCAAGUCCUCCUCCUCGCCCGCCGACACCGCCGCCGCCAAGCGGGGAGCCAAGGGGGCCGGAGGGGUCCCCAGCAAGGCGGCCGGCGAGCACCCGGAGUACGGCGCCUGCGCGCGGUUCGACGAGCUGCCGCUGUCGAAUAAGACCAAGGACGGGCUGCGGAAGGCCGGGUACACGGAGAUGAGCGAGAUCCAGCGCGCCGCGCUGCCCCACGCGCUCUGCGGCCGCGACGUGCUCGGCGCCGCCAAGACCGGCUCCGGCAAGACCCUUGCCUUCGUCAUCCCGGCUUUAGAGAAGCUGUACAGAGAGAGAUGGGGUCCCGAGGAUGGUGUGGGUUGCAUUGUUCUUUCUCCCAAUAAGGAUUUAGCUGGGCAAAUUUUUAAUGUUUUCCAGAAGGUAGGGAAGCUUCAUGGCUUCAGUGCUGCUUGUAUUGUUGGUAAUCGCAAAGGUCUUGAUGAAGAGAAGGCAGUCAUAAACAACAUGAAUAUCUUAGUAUGCACGCCUGGGCGGUUACUUCAACACAUGGGCGAGACCACAAACUUUGAUUGCUCACAGAUCCAGAUUUUGGUGAUUGAUGAGGCAGAUCAAGUUCUUGAUAAAAAUUUCCAAGAGCAAGUUGACAAUGUUGUUUCUCAGCUUCCCAAAGUUAGACAAACAUUGCUGUUCUCUGCCACACAAACAAAAUCAGUUAAGGACCUUGCAAGGGUUAGCCUGAAGGAUCCUGAAUAUAUAAGUGUGCAUGAGGAGGCUACAACAGCUACUCCUGAUACCCUUGAGCAGUAUGCCAUGAUUGUGCCUCUUGAACAGAAGCUAAAUAUGCUCUGGAGUUUCAUCAAACGUCAUCUAAAGUCAAGAAUACUAGUAUUCUUAUCCAGUGUCAAGCAGGUAAAAUUUGUGUAUGAAGUUUUCAAGAAGCUCCGUCCUGGUAUUUCUUUGAGAUGCAUGCAUGGACGGAUGAAAUACGAAGUACAGCAGGCCAUAGUAGCAGAGUUCAAAGAGGGACACUCGGUUCUAUUCUCAACUGAUAUAUUUGCUAGAGGAUUGGAUAUAGAGGAUGUUGAUUGGGUCGUACAAGUUGAUUGCCCAGAAAACAUUGCUCUGUACAUCCACAGAGUUGGCCGUACAGCUCGUUAUAACAAGAGAGGAAAAGCUCUUAUCUUCCUUUGUCCAGAGGAAGAGAAAAUGCUUGAAAAAUUGAAGGCAGCUGAAAGUAAAAUACCUAUACAUAUUAAAAAGCCAAACACAGAACAACUGCAGCAGAUAUCUCAGAAUAUAGCGUCAGUGCUGGUGCAAUAUCCCAAUUUGCAGCAACUGGGUAAAAGGGCUUUUGUCACCUAUCUGAAGUCAGUGUACCUCCAGAGCGACAAAGAGGUGUUUGAUCUGAGCAGGUUCUCUAUGGAGAAUUUUGCCGCAUAUGCUGCUUCUCUUGGUCUUCCUGUUACCCCAAAGAUUCGUUUUGUUAGCCACAAAAAGAAUGUGCCAAAGAAAUAUAUGGGGGAUAUUGAUGUGAAACGGAUGAAAAGAAGUUCCAAACCUGAAGUUAUAGAAAUUAAUCCACAGGCCAAAAGUAACUUAAUUGAGGAUGAUGGAGAUUAUGAUAUCCUUUAUCCCAAGGAGCAGCAAACAGAUGUAAAUAUGGCUGAUGGUCUUGAUGAUGUCCUUUAUCCCAAGGUGUCCACUGCAGAUACAAAUAAUGAACCAGAGAAAGUCACACAGUUGGGAAAUAAGUCCGUGAAAAAGAAGAAGCUGAAGAUAAACGUGCAUAGGCCAUUGGGCACAAGGGUCAAAUUUGACGAUGAAGGCCACACUAUCCCUCCUUUUGCAUCCAUAGCUGAAGAAGUGGGCUCAGGAGAUGUAAUUGACAAGGAUAAAAUUUCCCAGAGGUACGCAGAGAUGUUGAGAGAGAUGCAGGAGCAUGACAAGGAGGACAAGCUCGAACACAAGAGGAUCUUGCGCGAGAAGAAGCUACAGAAGAAGCUGAAGCUCAAGCGCAAGAGGAAUGAGGAAAUGGACGCAGGGUCAGAGAACAGUGGCUCGGAGUCGGACAGAGACCAGAGGACUGCCUCCAAGGGUAAGAAGAGGUACUUCAACAGCGAUGACGAAGAAGGCAGCAAAGAUGCGGCGAAGGAUGGGGAUGUUCUCGCUCAACAGGAGGCGUUGGCCCUGAAGCUUUUGAGUAAAAUGCACAGUUAAUUUAAUGGUUUUGUACCGCGUGAUGUUAAUGUAGGCAGCUCUCUGCAACCGGAGAGUGAAAUUUUGAUCAGUGCUAGUCUAGUUCCCCGGGAGUUGAUAUAUGCAUAGGAUCUGGAAAUGUACCAGAUUCUGUCAUUCUAGUCGUACGUCGAGAAUUUUGAUGGAAAACAUGGUGUUACUAUAUUAUGUACUUACCGUUGAGGGUAUUGUAAUUUCCAUUUAUUAUAUACACAAAUGUUUUGCUCUUUGAACCCAUCCCA